CAAUCAAACCUUAGGCCUAAAGCCCUCUCCAAAACCCUAAACCCUUUAAUCGGCCACCCAUUUUUUCACUUUCUUUCCGCCUUCUCAAUUCUUCUCUAUCACCAAAGAAAAAACCAUGGCUUUCCACUCCAUUCUUCACAGGGCGUCCUCGUCCGUACUCCCACUGGCAAUCCGCAGCGUCAGAUCUUCGAGAACCUUCCAUGGCGCAGUCUCCACUCUCCUCACCAUCGACAACAAGGGCAGUCUAUGCCGCGACCUCACUCGUCGGAGUUGGGUCCCAUUUCAGCGAUUCUCUACUGAUGUCGCUGCCAAUAAACGUAGUGCCGACGAGAAUCUGAUUCGUGUUCUUGAAUCUGAGAUUCCUUUAGUUGACGAUUCCGUACAAGAGAUCCCAGAUGGGUUCCCUUUUGAAAUUCAAGAUAAUACCGGAGAAAGAACUAUUUUUCUAACAAGGGAGUUUGAUGAUGAAAUCAUCAAAGUCGAAGUUGACAUGCCCAAUAUAUCUGCUGAGGAUGAGGGGGAUGAAGAUGCUGAAAACGAUGAGGAUGUUAGCGAUCAAUCUAGCAUUCCUUUGGUUGUAAGUGUUUCUAAAGGAAGUGGACUACAUCUAGAGUUCGGUGUCACUGCUUACCCUGACGAGAUUACCAUUGAUAGCUUGUCAAUUAAGCAGCCAGAAGGUUCUGAGGAGCAGCUCGCAUACGAAGGGCCUGAAUUUAGUGAUUUGGAUGAAAACUUGCAAAAGGCUUUCUUGAAAUACCUGGAGGUUCGGGGGAUCAAUCCCAGCACAACUAAUUUCUUGCACGAGUACAUGAUCAAGAAAGACAACAAAGAGUACUUGGAGUGGUUGAAAAACCUCAAGAAUUUUAUUGAGCAUUGAACUAGUCAACAACUGUUAGGAAAUUAGUAGGUUUGUGCUUAUUUUUGAUUGUUCAUGAGCGGAUUUAUCAUGCUUUAGGGGAGAAGAAUCAUACAUAAGCUUAUAAAGAAAAAGACGGUGUAGUGGAGUGAAUAAUUCCAUGUAGCCUUUUCAAGGAAUUUAGGAAACUUGAUUCACCUGUUGGACUAGGAACCUUAUUUUGAUACAGGAUUAAUGAUAUUUUUCUGUAUUAGUAGUUUCAAACUGUAAACUGUAGUCAUUUCUCAACUUAUCUCUUUGAAUGUCAUUGAUAAUUGGUCUUUAUUCUUA